GAUGGAGGCCCUACAGACGGCAGCCCCCAAGAUGGCAACCCUAAGGAUGGUGCCUCCAAAGAUGGCACCUCGAAAGAUGGCAAGCCUCGGCCACCACCAGUUGAUAUUGCUGCAGCACAAAAUGCAGGUGGCGAGGGUGGCAUCAAAACUCCCACAGUCUCCUCCCAGACCCCACGGACCCCUGGCACUUCGCGGUAUGAUACCUUUAGGGAUAAGGAGAGGAAGAUCGGCCACAGGAGAGUGGGAGAAGGAGGUAUCGUUACAUACAAAAAAAUUGGGACUUCACAACUUAUGGCAUCAAUCCAGCUGGGUAUCCAACAAGCAGUAGGGAGCCUGGCAAGCAAGCCUGAUCUGGAUGUUUUAAUCCAGGAUUUUUAUGUUGUAGAAACUAUUUUUUUUCCUUCUGUUGGUUCUCAGUCAACACCAGCUCAUCAGUUUUCUGAGUUUAGAUUCAAAGUGUAUGCACCCAUAGCAUUUAGACAUUUUAGAGAUCUGUUUAAAAUUCAACCAGAAGACUAUCUUGUUUCACUGUGCAGCGAGCCUCUUCGGGAACUAAGUAAUCCUGGGGCGAGUGGCAGCAUAUUUUAUUUAACAAAUGAUGAUGAGUUUAUCAUCAAGACAGUGCAGCACAAGGAGGCAGAGUUCCUUCAAAAGUUAUUGCCAGGAUAUUAUAUGAAUCUGAACCAGAAUCCUAGAACAUUAUUACCAAAGUUUUUUGGGCUCUAUAAUUAUCAGUGUAAUGCCAAGAAUAUUAGGUUGAUAACAAUGAACAACUUACUUCCGUCAUCAAUAAAGAUGCAUCAGAAAUAUGAUCUAAAAGGUUCUACGUACAAAAGAAAGGCUAGUAAGUAUGAACGAAGCAAAGAAUCCCCAACAUUUAAGGACUUGGACUUUAUGGAGCACCAUCCUGAAGGUAUUCUACUAGAAGCAGAAACCUACAAAGCUCUUGUAAAUACCAUUGCAAGAGACUGCAGAGUAUUAACAUCUUUCAAGAUUAUGGACUAUUCCUUAUUGGUGGGCAUUCAUAAUUUAGAUCUUGCAGCCAGAAAGAAGGCACAAGACAAAGAGAAAAAAUUAAAUGGCGGAGAUGGUGGGCCAGCAGAAGAUGGGAGUGGAGAGGUGGAAGGAGAAGGGACUGGCCUGACCCGAUCCCGCUCAAUCAAUCGACACAAACUUGUAGCCCACUCAACUGCCAUGGAAUCCAUCCAAGCAGAUUCUGAUCCAAUAGAUGAGGAGGACCAUGUCCCGCCUGGAGGCAUUCCAGCAAGAAAUGCAAAAGGAGAACGACUGUUACUCUUCCUUGGUAUCAUUGAUAUUCUGCAGAGUUACCGCUUGAAAAAGAAAUUAGAGCACACAUUCAAGUCCAUGAUUCAUGAUGGGGACACGAUAUCAGUACAUCGACCAAACUUUUAUGCACAGAGGUUUCUGAAGUUUAUGGAAACCACAGUCUUCAAAAAGAUUCCAUCACGUGGUAGUGUUAGUGCUGAGGAGCAACAAGGUGGAAGUGGUGCUGAGUCUGCCUCUGCACUAGCUGUGGGAGCAAGUGUAGCUGCUUCUGCUACUGCUCCAUCAUCUGUAAGUGGAACAGUCACAUCUGGUGCAGCAGGCAUACAGGCAACAGCUGUGGGAGGAUCUGCUGCUGCAUCAGUGGUUGGAUCAGGCACCCCUUCAACACCAGUAAACCUCCCAGCAGUGUUGCAGGACCGACCCCACUCAGGCCGUGGCCGUGUGCCCCCUCCAGUACCCCCGCGAUCGCCAAGGGGUGGCGGCACUGGCCAACCAUCCUCUGCCUCCUCUUCAUUCUCAUUAACUCGAGGUAGUGGCCGCGGUGUAGUGACUGUAAGCGCAGGAGGGGCUGGAGCAGCUCACCCCCCAGUAGGCUCCCACCCUCCACCUCCAGCCUCAGGUGUUGGGGCAACAGGCAGCACCGUUGUGACCACGUCCUCUCCACGAGUACAAGUACGGUCAUCCCACACGCACGUUACGACAGUAGCCAUCCAGGAGGACAGAACUGAUGUUGUAAG